UGACCUGUUCGUUUUUGCUCUUUAGUGAAAAUGAUUUGCUCAAACACCAACUAAAGAAAUACGUGGGUGCUGUUCAAUCGUUGAAAAGAAAUGACAUUAUGGAAGAAGCUCCAGAAAAUGAAAGACUUUCUUCUAUCAUUCUUUCUCCGGAAUCUGACGUCGACGAAGUGAGAAAGGAAGAAAACAAAGAUUUUGAGCGGAAGUUGAUCCAAGUCGCUGAUAUGCAUGGCGAACUUAUUGAACUCAAUGAAAGACUACAAAAAAUGUUGAAUGCUCGUGAAUAUCAGCUAAGAAUAUUAAAAGAAGAGCUUGUCAAUCUUAGAGGACCGCUUCCUCAGGACAAUAAUCAUGAUGAAUGUUUAUAUUUGACGGAGUUUGGUCCAAAUUUCAUGUCUGUCAAUACUCGUCCUUUAAUUAACAUUUGGAUUCCAUCUGUUUUUGUACAAGGAAAGUCUCCAAACAUUCACCAUUCUUAUCAGGUUUAUAUCCGUAUCAAAGACGAUGAAUGGAAUGUUUACAAAAGAUACUCGGAUUUUUAUGCCCUACAUAAGAAGACAAGCAAGCAGUUUAAACCUGUUGCACAAUUCACGUUUCCCGCGAAGAAAAUUAUUGGAAAUCGUGACGUCAAUUUUGUGGAAACACGUCGGAAACAAUUGGAAAAUUACUUGAGAAAAUUGAUCAAUUAUAGUCUGGGUGCUGUUCCAGAGUUAGGUGAAAAUCCUUGCAAGAGUUCUUUGUUCAAAUACUUUCCAUUUUCAUGUGAGUAA